CCCAGUUUUGUUGAAAGGACAUCCGGGUCGUUUAUAUCGAUUUUGCUAUCAUGCAUAACCUAUAGAAGAUAAACCGUACGACAUUGCGAGCUCCUACUAAUUGGGCCGUAAACAGUCAAUCUGCAGUCACCGUUCAGAUGAUGCGUCGCAAUACACCGAUACAAUCUGCAGUGUACUGUAGAAGUGAUGGCCAAGGACAGGAACAUCCCAAUGAAGAUACUUCAACUAAUUCUAAGGGUUCAGAAGACAGUGAAUCAGAAUCGGAAGGUGAUACCUCUUCAGCUACAUCAGACAGAUCGGAUGUUGAGGAGGAGCAGCCAGCUAAGACAUGGUUCGAACAAAGUCAGGGGAGAUAUGACGGAGAAGACACGGACGACAUUGUGGUCGGAGAAGGUCUUAAAAUAGUGUACUGGCCAAAGGAAGCAUUCGAGGAUGCCCUACAACUCCGCGUAAAUGAGGAACUUCAUACAAAGUUGCAACAGGAGCCACAGAAGUACAAGAGGUGUCUAAUUAACCUGAAAGGACCUCAUUUUGCUGUGUGUCAAAUCCUGGAAGAGGGAAAUGAUCACCAAGAAAUUGAGAUUCACGGAAGAAGUAAAAUCGGAUACACUUUCAACAAAGAUGAAGUUGUAGUAGAAAUUUUAGACAAGAAAGCGGAUGAAGAUGAAGACAAUGCUAGUUCUGAUGGUAAACUGAAUGGUAAGGUAGAGGGGGUGUUGCGAAGCAAAUUUCGGGAGACACGAUUCCCUGUCUUAGCAUGCACUGUCAACAGCAGGGAGAACAAUGUAGUCACGCCAAUGUGUAAUAGUAUACCGAGAAUUCGUAUCUGGUCUCGUAAUUCCACACAACAAAAACAAGACUUCCACAGCUUAAGCCUAUAUUCUACCGACACGCAAACUAACAAACAUUUUAUAGAUUUACACUCCUAUGAGAAAGGUAAACAACUGAAAUUUAUUUCAUGUUGUGAAAUAGAUCACAGUAAGAAGGGACAAUAUGUUCUUCUUGUUGUUCUUAUGUCUUGGAGUAAACCGUUUCCCUACCCACAAGGAGCAGUUGUCAAAGUCCUGGAAUGUGGAACAACGUUUGAAAGUGGCCUCAAUGUUUUAAUACCACAGUUCAAAGUUCCUCGAUAUUAUCGAAAUGACACUGUAAAGGCAACUGUAUCCCUGGUUGAAAAGAUUGAAUCAAAGGAAUUUCUCCAAACUCAAGGUACACAGCGAGAGGAGUAUCAACAUUUGUCAGCAUUUACAGUUGAUAAUCCUAAUUCUAAAGAUUUAGAUGAUGCUCUGAGUGUUUGGAAGUUGGGACAUGAGGACAUUCUAUUGGUAGGAGUUCACAUCACUGACGUGACCACUUUUGUGAAGAAAGCAGAUGAUAUUGACCAGGCGGCUGAGAAAAGAGCCACAACCUUCUUUGCUUCGGAAGACAAGGGUCACCAUAUGAUCCCUGAAAAACUUAGUCAAGGCUCUUUGAGUCUCUUGCCGAACGUUGAUAGAUUUUCAAUUUCUGUGCUCUUUAAGAUAGACAAAAGAGGAAACAUUCUUGAAAAACCUUCAGUGUCCAGGAGCGUCAUUAGGUCUGACAGAAAGUUUUCAUACGGAGAGGUUCAAAACAUCAUUGAUGGUCGCCCAAUACACUUUGAAUGUAAACAGUCACUAAAGAGUAGCAUACGUGUCCUUCAUGUAUUAGCUAAACACUUUCGCAAACAACGACUGGGAAAUUCAAGAUACGACGUACGCUUGGAAGAUCCUAGGUUUGUCAAUAUUGAAAACAAACAAGGAGAUAUUGAUGCACACAAUCUAGUUGAGGAAUUCAUGAUUAGAACUAAUACUUUCAUUGGUGAAUGGCUGAUGGAAACUUGGCGACACUGUAUCCCCUUACGAUGUCAAUCUGCUCCUUCCGUGGAGAAACGUGUUCACUGGGUUAGAAGGGAAGGACACAUCAUCGACCUUCUUGUCAAAUUACAGGGUGUGCAUGUUCUUGAGGACAGGGAAUGCAGUGUAGCAAAACAUUGUAGCCAGAACAACAAUGAAACACAUGCACAUGUGAUUUCAGUACAGAAAACAGUAUGGGAUCAAAUGAAAGAAGUCAAGGGAGCGAACGACUUUAAACAAACAAGAGACCUUCUCUGCUGUGACGAAUUGCAUCCAUUGCAAUGCCUUGCAAGUCAACAUUGGAUUCAUAUCUUGGAAUCAGCAGCUUACAGAUGCUCUUCGGAAGGGAGGAAAAACACUGGGCACUUUUCACUCAACCUGUUCCCGUACACCCACUUUACAUCUCCGCUCAGAAGAUAUGUGGACCUGAUCACCCACAGACUCGUCCAUGCUGUAUUAGAUGAGAAGGAAGCUCCAUACACACAAGCGGAAGUGGAAAAGGCAUGUGAGCAAAUGACAGAAGCAUGCCAAAGAGAAACCAAAUUCAAGAAUACUUGCAGAACACUAAGAAAGAGUGAAAUGCUUUCAAAGAAACCAAUGACAUUCAAUGCAGUUGUUGAAAAGGUCAGUGACAGCAUUGUAGCAUUAUGGAUUCCAUCUCUGAGAGGUACAUCGUACAGGCGAUUAGAGUUGCCCCUCAAUCUGCUAGACUGCUGUAAAAAACCGGUUUUAGAAACAUCCCCAUCAGGGAGGGAACAAGUUCUGUGUUUCUGGAGAAAGCGUAUCUACAGAUAUGAAGAACGACGCCAAAGGGAAGGAAGAGAUAAAACAAACUUAAACCGAGUUAAAAAUCCAGAACAAUUUAACAUUUUACUUGAUGAAAAUAUGCAUACUGAAAAAAUUCCAUUUCAAGAUUUUGCCCAAAAAUUGAAAAAAGUGUUUGACACAUCUGGAAGACGGGAAGUCAUACCAGAUAUUGGAGACAUGUUUGUUUCUCAAAGACGAGGAGAAAAGAGGUUGGCUCAUGAGAAAUAUGGGGAUAUAUCAGUUUGCCAUUUCUAUGGAUUCAGAUUGACUUUCUAUUCAGGACAGAUUGUUAAAGUCCAGGUGCAUGCAGAGCCAGACAGAGGGAUGCUCACUCCGUAUGUUCAGCUGUUUCACGUCUGUGAGAACUAUGACCUUUGCCUGACUCAUUUGGAUGAUCCAGUCCAUACCUUUGCUGAGUAUGUGAUGCAGCCCUUCAGACAUCGCAAGUACAGAUUCAUUCAGGAAUACCAGGAAACAUGGCUGCCGGUGGUUCGAAUGGAAAGUGCUACGAACUCUGUUGGAAGCGAGGAAACCAUUGUCAUACAUAACGUGAAAACAUUAAUGAGAAACUAUGGCCACAGACUUAUCGGACGACUGAUACUUGACGCUAAGUUUUGCGAUUUUCGACAGAUUGAAAUAGGUGGAAAGGGGGUAGACAGAAUGGCCAAAAUGAAACGUGGUGAAAGUUCCUUUGAUUUGCCAUCCAGUGAUUCCUCCCUAGACUAUCUGUGUAUAAGGCAUACUCCGAGUGAUUAUGACCCAAGUUCAAUGUUCAGCCCAGCCAGUGUUUGGGUAGGUCAUGCCCUUAUCAAGAAGGUGAAAUUGAAGAAGCCUAAAGGCAGCAUUGCCGACAAUGAUCCUCAUGCAGGUUCGGUGCAAAUAACAUUUGAAAUGAGACCAAAUUCGAUUCCACCUCCACCAAGUUUGAUCGACCAAGAAUUCGACGCUGCUGCAGAGAUCAUCUUGAAAUCUCAAGUUGACAGGAGAACAGAACAGAUGUUGGAGAUGCUCGACACAGAGGGAUCAGACCUGGCCCAAAAUAUAGCACUGAAAGACUGGAGCCUACUGAAAACAAGAAUAGAAUCUGCACAACUGAGCUCUACUGACCUGUCAGACGAAGAUCGAGAAAUCUGCUCCACAAUGAUCAGCAACAAUUACAAUCAGGAAAUAGCCAUUCGUAAAUCUCUGGAUCGGCCAUUUAGUUUGAUACAAGGACCGCCAGGAACAGGAAAAACCAGUAUUGGUUUGAAAUUGGUGUAUCUCUUUAACAAGAUCAACAGAACAAAACCACCUUCUGAUGAAAGCAAACGGCAAGUUCUGUAUUGUGGACCCUCCAACAAAUCGGUGGAUCUAGUUGCUGGUUAUCUGAUGACGAAGCUGGGGAUGAUAUGUCCAAGGAUCAUACGAAUGUAUGGCAAAACCAUAGAAGAGAAUGAUAAACCGGUUCCAAAGAAGAUAGUGAUAUCUAACAGAAACAGCAAAUACUUAAAAUCUGACCCUGAAAUCCGAAAGAUUACACUUCACUAUGUCAUCAGACAAGAAGGAAGACCGCAUGCUGAAAAAAUAAGGUCCUAUGAUGACAGGUUCAAAACCUACUUUGAUGAUCCCAAGAAGGAGAAUAUUACCUUGGAAGAUUUAAAGGCGUACGAUAAGCUCAUAGCCCAAGCCGAGAAGCAUGAACUGGCUCAGUGUGAUGUCAUCCUUUGCACAUGCGUAGUAGCGGGAGGCAAGAAGCUGACGGAAGUAGCCAACAUCAACCAAUGUAUCAUCGAUGAGAGCGGCAUGUGCACAGAGCCCCAGACUAUGAUCCCAAUCAUCGCCACCAAGGCAGAACAAGUGGUGCUGAUAGGCGACCACCGGCAGCUGAGGCCGAUUGUGAAGUGUUCACAUGCAGCCAACCUAGGUCUUGACCAGUCGCUGUUUGAAAGAUACCAGAAGGAUGCAGCGUUUCUGAAUAUCCAGUAUAGAAUGCACCCAGAGAUAUGCAAGUUUCCAUCAAGCCAGUUUUACCAAGGGAAUCUUAGGACAGAAGAUAGUCGCCCCGAACGUGCAGCUUGGUAUAUUGCCCCAGGACAGGAGCUGUCCAUCUGGCCGGUGACCACCAACCCCAAGGUGUUCUGCCACGUGGUUGGGAAGGAGGAGACCCUCACUGUCACUACACAGGAGGGCAACGAACAGUCCAAGUCUAACAGGAAGGAAGCUGAAAAAGUGACGGAAGUGCUGAUGUAUCUGGUAAAACGAGACAGGAUACCUCUUGAGAAAAUCAACAUUAUGUCCCAGUACAAUGCUCAGAGAAGUCUGAUCAAAGAAAUGCUGGAGAAGAAAUCAGGUGCUGACAAAAACCUAAAAGACCCCCGAGUCCAGACUGUGGUUGCGAGUCAAGGUGGUGAAUGGGACUAUGUCAUAUUCAGCACUGUGCGAUCACUCCCCCAGUACAAGAUAGAGGACAAGCCAACAUUGGGGUGGCGCAGGCACAACCUGGGUUUCAUCACAGAUGAAAAUCAGAUCAACGUUGCUCUCACUCGAGCUCGGAAAGGCUUGAUAAUCAUUGGGAAUUCUCAUCUACUUAAAUGUGACCCUAUCUGGAAGAAACUGUUGGAUGCAUACAGAACUGAGAGGUGUUUUGUGGACGCACACACCUUCCCCCCGACCACACAAGCAUAUCGUAGACUUUAACGUCUUUUGCCCAACAAGCAUUACCAUAUAUGGGUAACAAGCCAUAGCCGAGAGUGAAGAACGGACUCAACGUGAAGACUGAGUGAGGUGUUUGUUAACCAACCCCUCCCAAUGGCAUAUACUGCGAUGGAUAUAGGAAUAUGGUCACGAGAUGGCUACCCAUUUAAAACAACAAAGCACCAACGAGUAAAGACAAGAUAGUUUAUGGAUGACAGCUUCUAUAUUCUAUUAGGAUGCGACCCGUGAAGAUUCCGGGGUAGAAUAGGUCUUCAGCAACCCAUGCUUGCCGUAAAAGGUGACUCUGCUUGUCGUAAAAGGCGACUAACGGGAUCGGGUGGUCUGGAAACAAGUGGUACAGACCUCGUUUUGGACGUGGUUAUUAUCCAGAGCAGGAUUUUCACUUAUGUCUUCAAAACACUUGGUGAAACUAGAUGGUGAACUCUUGUAUUUUGCUAUAUUUUUAUACUUGUAUAUACAAUUAGUAUUCUUUGAUAUUUCCUUAGAAGCAUUGAAUCAAGUUUAUAUUUACUAAGACAAAAUUGUUAUGGAUGAGCAACUUCUUUAUUACAAUUGGGCGACGUUUCGGUGUAGAUUCUAACACCGUUAUCAAGCAAAUGAUGUACAAACUACUUACUUACUUACUUAUAUUGG